GUUUCCUUUUGUUGUGGUUGUGGACUGUGGUAUUAUUUUGCUGUUUUUGUGAUUCCCAGGCUGAAUUAAAUCUUGAUUACUGAAACUGUAUUUCAUAUAUUAUCAUAAUCUAUAAAGUUAACUAACCUAACAUCACUGUUUCAGUGUUUGAAUUGGAUAGGUAAAUCUUUUGCCUUUGAUUUUAUACCAACAGUGAGUUUAAACGUAUCAUAUUUUGUAACAAAAUAAAAAUUAAACAAUGCCGAGACGCAGGAAACAGCAUUGGAACGACUUGAAUCCUGGUUCUCAGAGGUAUAACCGGCAAAAUCCCUAUAAUAGUUACCAAAGUUUUCAAAGGAAUACGGGUCAAACUUUUAACAACAGUUACUCUAAUCAAGCAAAUUUUACUCCAGGAGUUGGUUACUAUUAUGAUAAUUCUGCAUUUCAAACCAAUUACCCUCAAAAUUAUAGCAACAAUUACUAUGACCCAAGUUUUCAAAGAAAUUUUCCUCAAAAUCGUAACCAGAGUCACUUUAACCAGAAUUAUCAAACUAAUUUCAAUCAAAAUGCAAGAAAUACUGACUAUAACCCAAAUUUUCAAAGUAAUGUACCUAGACAAAGUAUGAAUGACUUAAUAUUUGAAAGUAAUAUAAAAACUGAAGACAUAGAGAAGCAAGAGGAACCAAGUAGUAUAAAGCAAAAGGAUAGUAUAAAAAAUAUCAAAGAAACCCCUGUUAAAAGUAACCCAUGGUAUAUAGCUCAGCCAGACCCUCCUCAAAAAGGGUCUAAUCAAAAGCCAAAAUUUACUGACAGGUAUAAUAAACUAACAGAAAGAUUUACUGAAAAAGGAUAUAUAAUAAAGGAAACCCUGUAUCGAGAUCCAAGUUUAUUUUAUGCUAAUAGUAAUAGCAAUGUUGAUUCACCUUCAGAUAAUGAAAGUAAUGACAAUAAUUGGACGGACACAUUUUGGCAGAAACAUGAUAACACUGAUGUACCAAAACAUUCCAAAACGUCACAGAGUACUAGAACAGUUCCCAGGAAAAACCAGAAUAAACUCGAGAGAUCUUUGAAUGAUAUGCUCGCGAAACCAGCAGAAAUGAGCAAAGGGAAAAGUUUAUUAUUAAAAAUGGGAUGGCAAGGCGGUGGUCUGGGGAGGGAGGAAGAUGGCAUCGUUGAACCUAUCGCACCCAGAGCUACAUAUGCCGUCAAAACGAUAGGCCUCGGUCAUCUGACAGAAAAACCUGAAAAACCUGAAAAACCUAAAAAACCGAUACCAUUUGCAAAUAUAAGCAACAAAAAGUUGAAGCACCCCGAGUUUCAAAGCCACUUCUGCACAAAUGUACUGUUAUACAUUCUGGAGUUUGUCAAAAACGAUGAAGAGAACAAAAUAGUUUUUGAACCGCGCUUACGGAAGCUGGAAAGGAAACGGAUACAUCUAAUCGUUGAGAAAAUAAGGGAAAGUGACAAUUUGGAAGAUUUCGAAAAUUUUGAAAACUUCUUGGAGGGGCAUUUGGAGUUAGUCAAGGAGAUUUGGGUGCAUAACUGCUAUGAGCUAUGGACUGAGAGCGAAGGGAAGAAGAAAAACCGUCGACUCUGUCUGUUCAAAGAAGCACCGGCACAUGUUUACUUAGUCACUCCAGAAGACUUGACAGAAAAUGAUAAAAAAAAAGAUGAUGUAAAUGACAAAAAUGAUGAUAAUGAUGUUAAUAUUAAAGAAGAAAAGGAUUCUGAAAAAAUUGAUGGUGACAAUCAAGAUGAUAGUAGCAAUGAUACAGAAAGAGAUAGCGAUAGUAAUAUAAUUGAAGAAAAUUUCAAAAAAGAUCAAGGUAAUGAAAAAUUUAAUUCUGAAAAUACAUCGCAAGACAUCAAAAAGGAAAUUUCUGAAUUGACUGAUUCUCAAAUGGCUGUGGAUAGUAAUAUGGAUGGUAAUAACCAAAUUUUAGUCAGUAAUGAGAAUAAAACACUCGAAAUGACGCAAAAGGUUAAAGACAGUGAUUUUUGUUGUGAAAUCGUACCAAAUAUGGAAAUAAAUGAGUUACAUAAAAAAGAUCAAGAAAAUGAUUUUAAUUCUGAAGAUAGUAAAAUAGAUACAUCACAAGGCGUUAAAAAGAAAUUUUCUGAUUCGACUGAUAGUCAAAUGGCUAUGGAUACGAAUAUGGAUGGUAAUAAUCAAAUUGUAGUCACUAAUCACAAUAAUACACUCGAAAUCGUACCAAAUAUGGAAAUAAAUGAUAAAGUUAAAAAAGAACAGGAAAAUGAUAAAUUUAAUUCUGAAGGUAGUGAAAUAGAUACAUCACAAGACAUAAACAAGGAAAUUUCUGAUUCGACUGAUAGUCAAAUGGCUAUGGAUACGAAUAUGGAUGGUAAUAAUCAAAUUGUAGUCACUAAUCACAAUAAUACACUCGAAAUCGUACCAAAUAUGGAAAUAAAUGAUAAAGUUAAAAAAGAACAGGAAAAUGAUAAAUUUAAUUCUGAAGGUAGUGAAAUAGAUACAUCACAAGACAUAAACAAGGAAAUUUCUGAUUCGACUGAUAGUCAAAUGGCUAUGGAUACUAAAAUGGAUGAUAAUAACCAAAUUGUAGUCACUAAUCACAAUAAUACACUCGAAAUCGUACCAAAUACGGAAAUAAAUGAUAAAGUUAAAAAAGAUCAGGAAAAUGAUAAAUUUAACUCUGAAGGUAGUAAAAUAGAUACAUCACAAGACAUUAACAAGGAAAUUUCUGAUUCGAUUGAUAGUCAAAUGGCUAUGGAUAUUAAUAUGGAAGAAAAUAAUCAAAUUAUAGUCAAAAAUGACUAUAACACAAUCGAAAUGACACAAAAUAUUGGGGAUAUUGAUUAUAGUUGUGAAAUCAUACCAAAUUCGGAAUUAAGUGAAGUAAUAAUGAUAAGUAGUGAUGAAAGUGACUCGGAAAGUACUGAAAUGACCACAAAUGAUGACUUAAGUCAUGAAAUUAAACCAAAUAAUGAUAAAAAUGUCGAAAUAGUUGAAGAAAAUCAAUCAUCAGUUCAAAAUGAAAACAAAGUAUCAGAAGGAGUUGCUGAUAUUAAUAUUUGUACUGAUAUAAAGUUUGAAAUAAAAAUCAAAGAAGAAUAUACGAAAAUUUGCGAAAAAAUGACGCAAAAUGAUGAACGAACUUAUCAUGAUUAUCUAAAUAGUUAUUCAGGAUUAUUUAUUAAAACGGAAAAUCCGAGAGACGAAAAAGGGAGUAUUUUAUCAAAAAUAGUUAAAUAUUUCAAAGAAUUCAGUACUGAUGAGACAUUCAAGGAAUUCAGAUUUCUUGGACCAUUCAACAGUGAGCAAAUAAUGCAAAUAAACGCCUUUUUCAAAAUUUGUAUGAAGCAAGACAAUAUUGAAAAUUGUUAUGAAAAAAAUGACUUGUUGGCAGCGUUUGAUAAUGGUCUUGUAAAAUUUGACGUAUUGGAGGAUAAUAAUGGAAAAAGAUUCAUCAAAAAAGCUGGGGAGUUACCUUCUGAAGAUGAAGACGAAGAAGUUAAAUAUGCAUCAGGUCUUUACCUAUAAAUACAAUACCUUUUUUCGUAAAUUGUAAUAAUUUAUAUUACAUUAAGUAAAAUAAUUUGUUAAUAAUAAUAAAAUAUU